AAGAGGAAGCUGAUCGAGCAGAGUGACUAUUUCCGAGCGCUCUACCGCUCGGGCAUGCGGGAGGCCGGGCAGGGCCAGGAGGAGCAGCUGCUGCGCGGGGGGCUGAGCGCCCUGGGGCUGGAGCUGGUGCUGGACUUCAUCAACACCUCCUGCCUGGCCAGGCUGGAGCAGGAGGAGGGGGGCGACGAGGAGCCCCCGUUGCUGGAGGAGCUGGUGGAGGCCGCUUCCUACCUGCAGGUCACCCCCCUGGUCUGCCUGCCCGAUGCCCGGCCCCAUCUCCUCCUGCCCCACGCUCUCCAGCAGCACUUGAAGGAGAGGCGGAUGAGGGGCACCGCCACCCUGGUGGCCAUCGGGGACUUCAUGGGUGCCUCCUCCCGGGGCCUGCCCCCAGGCUGUCACCCUCAGGUGGAAGCCCCCUGGUCUAUGCUGAGGUAUGAUGAGGAAGCGCAGAGGUGGCUGCCCCUGGCCAACAACCUGCCCCCUGACCUGGUGAAUGUCCGAGGCUACGGGUCAGCGAUGCUGGACAACUACCUGUUCAUCGUCGGGGGCUACAGGAUCACCAGCCAGGAGAUUUCGGCUGCCCAUUGUUACAACCCUUGCCUAAACGAGUGGAGUCAGCUGGCUUCAAUGAACCAGAAGAGGUCCAAUUUUAAGCUUUUAGCUGUAAAUGGAAAGCUCUAUGCCAUCGGUGGUCAAUCACUUUCCAACGUGGAGUGCUAUAACCCAGAAAAUGACUGGUGGAAUUUCGUAGCAUCCAUGCCAAACCCUCUUGCAGAAUUCUCAGCUUGUGAGUGCAAGGGCAAGAUCUACGUUAUCGGAGGAUACACUACACGAGAUAGGAAUAUGAACAUUUUGCAGUACUGUCCCACUUCUGAUUCCUGGACCAACUUUGAACUUUGUGAUGUCCAUGUUCGCAAACAACAGAUGCUGUCUGUUGAAGAAACUAUAUAUCUGGUAGGGGGUUGUAUUCAUGAACUUGGACCAAACCAAAAAUCCAACCAAAGUGAGGACGUGUUAACUGUGCAGUCUUACAACGUUGCUACCAAAGAAUGGCUCUACCUCAAAGAGAACACGUCAAAAUCGGGUCUUAACUUGACUUGCACUCUCCACAAUGAUGGAGUCUAUAUAUUGAGUAGGGAUAUUACUUUAUCUACGAGCUUGGAGCACCGUGUUUUUCUUAAGUAUAACAUAUUUACGGACAGUUGGGAGUCACUGAGACGCUUUCCAGCCUUUGGACAAAACAUGCUGAUCUGUUCUAUGUAUUUGCCUGAUGGGCGAGAAGUGUAA